AGCAGGCGCAGGUUGGUAUACCAAUCGCGCCUGUCUAUUUCCAUAGAGGUCGAACGCGUGUACCAGCGAGAACAGUUCGACGUGCUUCAAGAUUUCACUGCGGCUUAGACUUCAGCCGGACGGGGUCUGGCCUACCUUGUCCCCGGCGUACGACACCAAACCUGGCAAUCACUCCACGCCGGACUCUCGAUAAGCUUCCAGCCGGUGCAGCUUCCAGCCGUUCGAAUCGAGCUUUUACGAUACAUCGAGACGCGUGGAGCGACAUACCCGAAACAGUGUGGUUCGAUUAAGAGAUAGCAAAGAGUGAUAAAUUCCGUGUGGAGCAAGAGAGAGAAAGAGAGAGAGAAAUAUUUCUUUUAUUAUUUAAGAGCACCAAAGGCUAUAGUGGCGUUGUCGCGGUUAAAAGUUCCUUUGGAAGAAUAUAUCGUGGCGAGAUAUUUAACGAAGUUAACGCGGUACUUAAGAUUAAGAGAAGAUCCUAAUCGAACAGUGUAAAUUGAUAUACAUUUGGUGAAAGUGUCCCACGCGACUCUACAUCGUAAAAAUGCAGUCCUCACGUGCUAGACACGCACUGGUCAAACACAGGAACAUGUUGCAGGUGUAUAAAAUUGCAAAGAGAUGUUUCGCCUCCGAUGUUCAGUACAAACCAAUCCGGAGCGUCCUCGUCGCCAAUCGAGGAGAAAUUGCCAUUCGCGUGUUUCGAGCAUGUACCGAACUGGGCAUCCGUUCCGUGGCCAUUUACUCGGAGCAGGACAAAAUGCAAAUGCACAGACAAAAAGCCGACGAGGGUUACGUGAUCGGCAAAGGACUUCCACCUGUUCAAGCUUAUCUGAAUAUUCCGGAGAUCCUGAAAAUCGCGAAAGAGAACGAUGUCGAUGCUAUUCAUCCUGGUUAUGGUUUCCUGUCGGAGCGAUCGGAUUUCGCGCAGGAGGUGAUCAACGCUGGAAUAAGAUUUAUCGGUCCUAGCCCCAAAGUCGUUCAACAAAUGGGUGACAAGGUAGCUGCGAGGCAGGCUGCGAUAGAGGCUGAAGUGCCGAUCGUUCCGGGAACAGACGGACCAGUAACAACGUCUGACGAGGCGAUGGAAUUUUGUAUGAAACAUGGACUGCCGGUGAUAUUCAAAGCUGCUUACGGAGGAGGUGGAAGAGGAAUGAGAGUCGUGAGACACAUGGAAGAGGUUCGCGAAAUGUUCGAGCGUGCUUCUUCCGAGGCGGCAGCCGCUUUCGGGAACGGUGCGAUGUUCAUUGAGAAAUUCAUCGAGAGGCCAAGGCACAUCGAAGUGCAAUUGUUGGGAGACAAAGCUGGCAAUGUCGUUCAUCUUUAUGAACGUGAUUGUUCCGUUCAACGUCGCCAUCAAAAGGUCGUUGAGAUCGCCCCUGCACCAAUGUUAGAUCCCAAGGUUAGGGCUAAGAUGACGGAACACGCUGUAAGAUUGGCAAAGCACGUCGGUUACUCGAACGCUGGUACCGUGGAAUUUUUGGCCGACGAGUCCGGCAAUUUCUACUUCAUCGAGGUCAACGCUAGGUUGCAAGUCGAGCAUACUGUUACCGAAGAGAUCACCGGAAUCGACUUGGUGCAAUCUCAAAUCCGUAUUGCCGAGGGUAUCACGUUACCUGAGCUAGGUAUGACACAGGACAAGAUCGCUCCUCAAGGUUUCGCGAUACAGUGUCGUGUCACGACGGAAGAUCCCGCGAAGAACUUCCAGCCGGAUACCGGAAGAAUCGAAGUAUUCCGUUCUGGAGAAGGUAUGGGUAUCCGGUUGGAUGGUGCGUCCGCGUUCGCUGGUGCAAUUAUCUCGCCUUACUACGAUUCGCUUCUCGUCAAGGUAAUAGCUCACGCAGGAGACUUGCAAUCAUCUUGCGCGAAGAUGAAUCGCGCUCUCCGUGAGUUCCGAGUUCGUGGAGUGAAAACGAACAUCCCGUUCCUCCUGAACGUGCUGGAAAACCAAAAGUUCCUCAAUGGAAACGUUGACACGUACUUUAUCGACGAGAAUCCGCAGUUGUUCCAGUUCCAACCGAGCCAGAAUCGAGCUCAGAAGCUGUUAAAUUAUCUUGGUACUGUUCUGGUGAACGGACCAAGUACCCCAUUGGCGACGCCGCUGAAACCAGCCGAGAUAAAGCCUCACAUCCCACAAGUCGCUCUAGACUUUGCUAAGUUUGCAGCUGCAGAAGAGAGCAAUGAUCCAGACGCAUCAGACAUAUUGGAACCACCGAAAGGCUUCCGUCACAUUUACAAGGAGCAAGGCCCAGAAGCGUUCGCCAAAGCAGUCAGACAGCACAAAGGGCUACUUCUGAUGGACACCACGUUUCGCGAUGCUCAUCAAUCUCUUCUGGCGACUCGUGUCAGGUCGCACGAUCUUCUCACGAUCUCGCCAUUCGUCGCCCAUAAGUUCAACAAUCUUUAUUCCCUGGAGAAUUGGGGUGGUGCCACGUUCGACGUCGCCCUUAGAUUCCUUCACGAGUGUCCUUGGGAACGAUUAGAAGACAUGAGGAAGGCAAUACCAAAUAUUCCUUUCCAGAUGCUUCUGAGAGGCGCCAACGCUGUCGGUUACACCAACUAUCCCGACAACGUUGUUUAUAAAUUCUGCGAACUUGCUGUCCAGACUGGAAUGGAUGUGUUCAGGGUGUUCGAUUCGUUGAAUUAUCUGCCGAAUCUAAUUCUUGGCAUGGAGGCUGCUGGUAAAGCGGGAGGCAUCGUCGAGGCAGCGAUUUCGUACACGGGUGACGUAAGCGACCCAAAUAGAAAAAAGUACGAUCUGAAAUACUACACGGACUUGGCGGACGAGUUGGUAAAGGCUGGUACUCACGUGUUGGCGGUUAAGGAUAUGGCUGGUCUUCUGAAACCGAAAGCCGCUGUCAUGUUGAUCGACGCGAUCAGACAAAAGCACCCCGAUGUUCCUAUUCAUGUUCAUACGCACGACACCGCGGGGGCUGGAGUGGCGUCGAUGUUAGCGUGUGCAGAAAGCGGCGCUGACGUGGUCGACGUUGCUGUAGACAGUAUGUCCGGAAUGACGAGUCAACCAUCCAUGGGUGCCGUGGUCGCCUCUCUUAUCGGAACCCCGAAGGACACGCGGCUUGAUCUCAGCGAUAUUUCGGAAUACUCUGCCUAUUGGGAACAGACCAGAACCUUAUACGCUCCAUUCGAGUGCACGACCACUAUGAAGUCUGGAAACGCGGACGUCUACCUGAACGAGAUUCCUGGCGGUCAAUAUACGAACUUGCAGUUCCAAGCCUAUUCCCUUGGUUUGGGAGAAUUCUUCGAGGACGUGAAGAAAGCUUACAGAGAAGCAAAUUUGUUGCUCGGAGAUAUUAUCAAAGUUACUCCCAGUUCGAAAGUAGUUGGCGAUCUGGCACAGUUUAUGGUUCAGAAUAAACUUUCGGCUGACGAUGUGCUGAACAAAGCUGAGGAACUGUCUUUCCCCAAAUCGGUCGUAGAAUUCCUGCAAGGUGCUAUUGGUGAACCUCACGGAGGAUUCCCCGAACCUUUCAGGUCAAAGGUGUUAAAAGACAUGCCACGCGUAAAAGGAAGACCUGGUGCAAGUUUACCGCCAUUGGAUUUCGACGCCUUGAAAUCUGAACUAAAGGAAACUUACCCGCACGUAUCGAACAAAGACAUCAUGUCAGCUGCUCUCUAUCCCCAAGUUACGAACGACUACUUGAGCUUCCGGGAGCAGUUUGGGCCAGUGGACAGAUUAGAGACGAGGAUCUUCUUGACAGGAGCAAAAGUCGGAGAAGAGUUCGACGUGACGAUCGAGAGGGGUAAAACCUUGGCCAUUAAGACCCUGGCAAUUGCCGAGGACCUCACACCGAAUGGAGAACGCGAGGUGUUUUUCGAAAUGAACGGUCAACUCAGAUCUGUGUUCAUCAAGGACAAGGAGGCUGUUAAGGAGCUUCACGUACAUCCUAAAGCUGCGAAAGGAGACAAGAACCAAGUGGGAGCACCCAUGCCUGGCACUGUGAUCGACAUCAGAGUGAAAGUUGGCGAUUCGGUCGAGAAGGGUGCACCCCUGGUUGUGUUGUCAGCUAUGAAAAUGGAAAUGGUUGUCCAAGCUCCGAAAGCUGGAAAGAUUAAGACGCUGGACGUCACUCAGGGAAUGAGAUUAGAAGGAGACGACUUAGUCCUGACCUUGGAAUAGAACUCUUAAUCGUUCGAGACUGGGACGUCUCUGAAUUCGUGUCGUUGUAUACUUUCUUUCUAACAAGAGUGUAUUUUGCUCGAUUAAUCGAAGUCGGACGUCGUUGUCGCCAAAAGCAUAGGUAACCAUCAUUCGUGUAAAUUCUCUAAUCGAUGAUCUUUGAUCGAUAAUUGAAACUUGGAAGUACCUUCUUUUUUAUAUGUAUAUUUCUUGGGUAAUUUCUCUUCGUUUUAAUCGUUGUAAGUAACAGAAAAUAUCGAUGUAGCGUAAGAUUCACGAACAAAUAUUUUGAAGCUUUAAAAAUACGAAUGAAGAAGAUACGGAGAAAAUCGUUUUGCGAAGAUCGAUAUCAGAUUUCUACGACUACCUCGAUGAAUAACAGGAAAAAGAGCACGAGGUCGUUAGUUUAAUUAAAUAAAGGUGCAUUUCUUCUUCGUCGACGAAGAAAAUAAUUGUAUAUGAACGUUUGCUCUUGUUCUUUAACAAUAGCAACGAACGUCUCGUUGACGUAUUUUCAUCGUCUAUGGUCAUCCUCGAAUAUCUUUUUUAUUCCUUUCGAUUAUUAUACAAAGUGCCUCGUCUCAAACAGGUAACUUGAUAAAUAUUUAGCUUCAGUCAUAUGUAAGAACAAAUACGCUGCAAGGAACAAUUUUGUCGCAAAAUUAUCCUUUGAUAUAAAUGCAUAACGCGUGGAAGAUGAGUCGCAUUAGCCGAGGCAGUUUGUAUAAUUAUUCGUCGAGUUCAUCUUUUCAAGACGGUCAUCUUCUAGUAUUUAAUGUAACGUUUAAUGCACAAACAGCUGUUCUCGCAACGAAACUCGUAAUCCGUAGGCUACGAAUCUCGUCUAUCGAUUUUUUAAGCAAUUAAUUGGACGCAACCAUGCCACUGGAUGCGCAACAAGAAUUGAUUUAUGCUGCCUGCAACGUCGAUUCCUUCGUGUUCAUAUUUGAUGUUAAGCGGAAAACGAAACGUAUAUCGAAGGCCUAUGAAUAAUUUUUAAAGAGUCAACAAACGUCAUCGAAGGUUAAAGUUCAAUAACUUUAUUUCUUGCUAUCGACGAGAAAAAGAUACAGCAGGACUCGUCGAAAACGCAUCAACUGCACUUUGUUUAUUUCUUAAGAUGUCAAGUGCCAGUACAUCAGCGUUUUCCAAACUAUGUUUCAUAGAAUGUUGGUUUUCAGGCUAGUUGUAAAUAAAUCGAUGAUGGAACUGUAAUUAAUUGUUUCUUGGAAACAGUCAUUCGUGUUAGGAUUUAUUGAAUGUUUACAGGGUGUAACUAGAAUCCAGAUUGUACAAAGUGAUUAAUUUGUGAGUAAAGGUGGUUUGGGAAACGCUCUUCCUGUAGAUUUAAGCCGGGAAAAGUUCCGAGAAAGGGAAUCUGUCGAAUCUCUUGUGCUAUAGAUUAGCCGAAUGUUAGAAUUUCAUAUAGACACGGAUCAUAACUAAAUAAGUACGAAUUACUUCUGAAAAUAAUAUUCUUCAAUAGCAUAACUCCAUAUUUCUUUCUGUAAAAAGUUCCAAUAGUGCUUCAAAAGGGAGACAAAGAAUGAAAUAUUGUACAUACGUUAAUCGGUAACAAUAAGUCGAUCGAUACACAAUGGAGAUCUUUUUUCCUAGUUCAGCUUGAUGCAUCGUUUUAAGACAUCGAACGCAACUAACAAUACACUACAAAGAAUCAAAGAUGUGAUAUCGAUUUUUAUUUUAUUUUACGUUGUUACAACGGAUGUCACCGUGAAUGCUGAUCAGGCUGAAUUCAAAGAAUGGUUGUAUAUAUUAUUAUCUUUAUAUAGUAUGCGUAAAUGUGUAAGGGAUGACAAUGUUUCUCCUUUGACUUAUACUUCAAAGGGUUGUACAAUUGUGUUUGAUAUAGAAAAAGAAAAAGGGAUUGAAUCAUUGGAAUCUCCUCGUCAAUGUGCGUCUACGAAAUGUACGCAGUGUAUUUGUGUAGAUAUUAAAUUUUAACGAAUGUAAUUGUAUUUGUACGAAGUAAACCGGCAAAUGCAACACAAUCUUUUACGAUUAAA